AUGGCAAAUAAUCUGCUUUUGUCGUCGACUACGGGUUUCGACUAUGAAACUGACGACACAAUGAUCACGAACUCCUUAAUUUCCUCUUCAAAUGCUUCUUCAACGUCCACGAUCUCACAGCCGACUACACCACUUCUCGAGCCACACCGUUCUUCGGUACCUCUUACUUUAUCUCAUUCAAAUAAAAGUAAUACUGAUAUGUUCAACGAUCGUGUUUCCGAAGAUCUUGAUCUAAACGUGGAUCGUUUGAACACACUGGACUUUUUAGACGAUAAGAUAAUAGGAACAUCCAACAAUAACAUUAAAAGAACCACAGCUAGAAAUUCCCAACUUGAUUCUGAUACCACAGCUUUGUGGGGAUGGAUACUGUUGUUUUCUGCCUUCUGUAUUUUUGUAAGCAGCAUGUAUGCGAUAGUGGUCAGCAAAUUUGUUCCUAAAACGGGAAAUAAGACCUUGGAUUGGAUUAAGGAGGAUCAAUACUAUUGCCUUCUAGUACCGAUCACACUGCCCGUGACUAUCUAUGCAGUUUUUUGGAACUGGUUGGGCAUGAAAUUUUUCAAACACAAUUGA